ACUGAAAAGCAAAAGGUGCAGACCAUUAUUGGACAGAAUAUCUUGGUCUGCACUGGGCACAUGGGUAGAAUCAGUCGCUGCUAGCAAGCUAUGGGUUAACUAAUAUCUACCUCAUACAAUAUACAAAGAACCACUUUUGAUAUUUGGCCUUUUUAUCUAUUUUAAAACAUUACUCAAGAGAUGUGAAACUUGAUAAAAUUUUGAUUAUAAAUAAAAACCUUUAGAUGCUUUACUAGACAUUGAAAUACUUAGACACCUUGCAGACGGAAUGGCUUUCUUUAAGUUAUAUUUAACAAUAAUUUGCGCAGUGAUAUUAACAGAAACUUCUGGAGUCCUACAUAUCUCCUUUAAUGGGCAAGACAUUGAUCAGCUUCCGGAUGGUGAUCCAAUCAAAAUCAUUGAGGGUCAUGACCUUCUAUUUAAGUGUUCAUCUAGUUACCUAAACCCCAGUUUUGUUUGGACCAAAGAUGGAGGACAAUCAUCUUUUGGUAGCAUGAAAAAAGUUACACAGGUACAGGAUAUUGAUAACGGCAUCUAUACCUGCAAUGCUUCAAGUUGGGACAAAACAUACCAGUUUCAAACCUUUGAAGGCAAAUCUGUAACCGUGGAAAUUCUCUAUCCUCCAUCAUCUCCUACAGUUGACCCUUUUUUAGGAAAUAACUUUAAAUACUCUAAUGUACUCAAUGGACAAUUCAUAACAUUAAAAUGUGAUUCUGAUGCAAAACCAAAGCCGAAUUUCCAAUGGCGGAAAAAUAGUGUCACAGGACCACUUAUAACAAGAGAGAGCACAUAUCAAUUAAAAGUUGCGACAUACACAAUCGAUUACUACUGCAUUGUUCAAAAUCGAAUGGUGCCUACACUAGGUGAAGCUAUCACUACUCAGUAUACUCAUAAACUUCAAAUUUCACCACAAAUCAAAGCAUAUAUUUAUAGAAUUGAAAAUAGUAACUAUAGAAAUGUCAAUGAGGGCGACAACAUAAUUGUUAAAUGUUUAGCAUAUGGCAGACCUGAGCCAAGAGUAUGGUGGACGAAAGAAAACGAUCCUGAUUUCUAUCUUGAAAAUAAUCAAUUGUAUAAAGAAUCGGUUAGUCAGAAAUUUUCUGGCACCUAUUACUGUAAUGUUGAAAACACUGUUACAGCAUUCAAUCAAAGUCGUAUAACAACCACGGCUAAGGAAGCAGUUUACAUUACUGUACAUGAAAACAGCCAAAUCAGCGAGGACUCAAAAAUAGACAAUAGUAUCCCCUUCAGAUCUAACAACUCGUGCACUGACAUGGAAGUAGAAAACACAACUAGGAAUACAACUUUGUUUAUAUUAACAGCUAUUGGUUGGUUCGGUUUUGUACUUUGCAUUGUUUUUCAUAUUAUUCUGUGCACUAGAAAUCGAAUCAAGAAACAAGACUCAGCAAUGAGAUCAGCCUCGUUUUCAGCAUCAUUCAAUGAUGAACCACUAUCAGCUUCCUCAACGUACACGAAUAAUGUCCGAAUUCCAGGCUCGUGUAGUGGAUCAAUGUAUGAUCAAAUAAAACCACGCAGCUUGAGUGUAGUUAGUACCACAUUGUCUGAUUCAAAUCAAACAGUACUGACAAAUGUUUCCUCAUCUGAUCCAGUCAUAUCAGAUUUUGCUGCUUACCAAAACCCCAAAGAUUAACAGUUCAAAUUUUCAUCAUAAUCAAGCCUAGGUCAUUACAUAUAGUAACAUUAUGCCAGCAAUUCAAGCCCCCUGAAUAACCAUAUUAUUGUUUACUUAAAUCUCCAAGCGCGUAGAAACAGUCAAAUGGUUUAUUAUAUCUGCCAAUCUAUCCUGGGUCGUAGGUUUGAGUACUUUUAGGUCCUCAUGUAGAGUUUAAUUAAGCUUAUUAGAACUGACACAGGGUCUGUAUAUCCUGCGCUCCACUUUGUCACCAUGAUAUCUUCUGACUUACAGUUAACUAACUGACUUGACCAAGAGACAUGGUGAAUUUUUUUUUUUGGAAAGGCUAUUUCUUUUACAAAGACCAUCUACCAAUCGCAUUUUCAUGCAUGGAUGAUGCACAGUAACUUCUACCUUAACAUUAAUUAGCUACAUGUAUAGACCCUUUCAUUUAAGUGAUUAUAGACCCAUUCAAGUGACAAGUGUCAGGGAAGAGUUACUUCCCUUACCAGAUGUGACGUAAAUGAGGGAUUAUACCAUACAGACGGUGUAGGAAGUUAGCUUAUUGAAAGUUAAAUGCGUAAAUACUGAUCUUUUAAUUAUGAUUAUAACAUGAAAAUCUUAACUUAUAAAUAGAUAAAUUCUAUAUUAAGACAAAAAAAAAAAUUCACAAAAAAAAAAGAUUAAGAUAAAUUCUAGCUAUUUGAUAAAACAGCAGAAUUUCAAAGUGAAUAUUCUAUUAGAUUUGGAAAUUGGAGACUUUGUGUCAGACACAUACAUGCACAGUGCGUUAGCUGGAGUACAGGUAUUAGUUACCUUCACUCUAGUUACCGCACUGUCUGUCAGGGAUUAACACAGAGCAUGCUUGUUGAUUGUCUACAUUUUCUGAGGUUUACUUAUUAUGACAACAAGAAAAGGAAUAAUGAUAGAAAAAUCAUAUUUAGAUUUUCUCACAUUGGUACAUUUAUUCUGGGGUUUCAAACUGUGAUGACAAGAAAGGUGUUUUUAUUUUUACCUUGAUACUAGAGAGAAAGAAUAUCAGACACUUAGCAAUCUAAUUAGAAGACGAGGGCUAUGCCCCCUCGUACAAAUCCAA